AGAGGGGAAUUCGAAUUCCUGGAAAUUUGUGGGACUGGUCUCUUUGAUGUCGGCGUGUGUGUCUUGUGUGGGCGUGAUGAGAAGUGGUGGCUUCAAGGCGGUUCACUGGAGGGCUUUAAUUAGGUCGCUGAACUGAUUCUAGAAGCUAGUGGGUCGUGAUUUUUUUUUCUUUUUUUUUUUCUUUUUUUUUCUUUUUCCCGACGGUUGCGAGAGGGAGUGGCUGGUCACCUCUGGAUUCAUGCUACAGCUGGUCCAGAGGGUAGACGACGAGGAGUUGGCCGACUCCUCUUCCUCAGCCGCGGGUGUUUCAACGUAGCUUUGUAAUUUCCAGGGUUUGUCAAGUUUGGAUCGGUCUGCAAGCGGCGUUCUGUGAUUGGGAAGCUUUGCUGCUGAGCGGAAGGAUUUGGUCUUGGCGGAUCUAGUUGGGCUUGAUCCUCUUUUCUCCAUUCACAAAUUGUCGUAGCUGAUCCGAACCCACAGAGCCUGCUGGUGCUCCUUCUGCCAGCAUAUGGUACAUUUCAGUAGUAGUCAUGGUUUUUGUUUUGCUGUGCUCCUCGCCCCCAUUCUCCAGAGAUUAUUUGAGCACUUUUCGCCUAUUCGAUGUGCUGAGAGCGUUCUCAAGGUAAUCACAAUAGCUCCCUACAGCCAGCCCGUCUUUAAGCUUGGCGAGUACGUGGUUAUGCAUUUCGGUGAAGUCAUUUCCUAGAUCCAAACCCUUCGCCUCCGCCCAUCACAAAUGUCUCAUGGCUGCGGUGUGGCCAAUGAAUCUUUCCACCAUUGGGUAGGUUGUGGGCACUGCAGUCCACUUCAGAAACGUCUCGGUGCAUGCUAGAGUACCAAGGAACUUCCAGUGUCAUUGGAAUCUUAAAAUUUCCCUCUCCACCUUCCUUUAACAAAAUUAACCCUCUCACCACAUAGUGACGCUAACGCAGAGCUACGUCUAGCAACAGCGCGGUUGAGAUUACUUCCAAGCUUCAACUUGGGAAAUUCGACUGGACUUUUUCCUGAAGUCCGCACAUCGCAAUCGGUGAACUGAUUGCAUCAAAGAACACCUUGGAAAUGUACCAAAUCAAGAAGUAUCCAAAUCCUGGAAUGAAUCCACAUAGGCAGCAGCAGAUUAUGUCUUUUCAAGACAGAGGUCCAUCUAUGUAUGCUUCUCACAUGUCUGGCGAUUUGAGCCCUACCGACCCCAAACCUCGGCUUCGAUGGACUCCCGAGCUGCACGAACGAUUUGUGGAUGCUGUGAAUCAGUUAGGUGGCGCUGACAAGGCAACCCCAAAAUCUGUCAUGCGGGUGAUGGGUGUCAAAGGUCUCACUCUUUAUCAUUUAAAAAGCCAUCUCCAGAAGUUUAGACUUGGGAAGCAGCUGCAGAGAGAUUCACAUGAAGCGAACAAAGAUGCGACUUAUGGAUCUUCACACCUGAGAGGAACGUCGUCUGACAGUAAAUUCUCACCUGCAAAUCAUCAAAAUCCUCAAGAUGAGUACGUCAACGUAAACGAGGCUCUGCAGCUUCAAAUGGCUGCUCAAAUCCGACUGCAAGAGCAGCUCGAGGUUCAGAAGCAGCUACAACAACGGAUCGAAGCACAGGGAAAAUACUUGCAAUCGAUCCUGGAGAAGGCGAAGGAGACUCUGGCCGACCACACUUCGGCAUCUCCGGUACUGAAGGAAGUCCAUGAAGAGCUCACGACACUGGCGUCCAAAGUUAUCAACUACGAGGCUCCGAAACCAGCUUUUGAGUCUAUCAAGUUGCCAGGUUUGAACCCUCCUGAGCUAUCACACAAACAUGGAACAGCCGACUCGCAAGGCGAUAUCCCACAUGCUGCCCACAAUCUGCAGCAGCAGCAGUCGCGCGUACAGUCAGGCGCCGUGUCCCAAAAAUCCUUCCUCGCGAAUCUCUCUACAAACCAGGAAGACAAUGGAAGCGAGCGGCAGACUGGUACAGAAGGAGGUAGCAAUUGUUCCAGUCAUGACGCAUUCACGGUGGAGAACGGCGUCUCAGGUUCAGCAUUUGAGAGACCUCCACCUCGCAACGCUCCCUCACCCGCCGACCACCGCGACAAUAACACCAGCUCUGGAGGAUAUAGUUGGCCCUCCGCUGCAUCUUGUCACGGCAACAUCAUGACGGCACCGCCGAAUCGACUGGUUGCACCCCAACGUGUCAAGGCCGAGGCAUCCUCUCUUGACCUCAACAAUCACGGCAGCAAUGGCAAUGGCAAUGCAACGCCGUUCCAAGGCAACAAGGGUGGGCUGGAUCUGAAUGCCUUCGGCUGGGAGCAGCGUUGAUGCGCUUUCGUAACACAAUCUUCUCUUCUUCUACCCAUCCCAAACUUCUUUCUCUCUCUCUCUCUCUCUCUUUUGUGUUUCCUUCAUCACGAGUCUUCUCUCCAGUUCUAGAAUCCACCACAAUCUGUUUCUCCGACUCAUGAACAUCCUGCGUCUCUGGCUGGCUGGCUUGCAUCCGCAUCCACUGAGUAUGUGACAACUACAUAUAUAAUCUGAUUUUCUGAUGCACAUGUUUUUGAAUAGGUUUGCCACCCACUUACUCCGUAGCGCCUGCUUUUUUGUAUUCUAGGGUGCACAAAUGACUGAGUUGGCCGUGGGGAACCCUUUUAGGAAACUUGGAAGCUUUGUAGGAAAGAUGGCAACAGUGCACACAUCUGGUUAGAUUGUGAGGUACUGAACAGUUUCUCUCUAUCCACGCCCUCCUCCUCCUCUUCUUCGUCUUCUUCUUCUUAACAAAGUUGUUAUGUUCUUACGACUCUUUGAGUUGUGAACACUGUCAUGUAGCUGUAAAAUUAUAUAUAUCGGAUACCUGGAUAAAUAAAAUUACUGCUGAAUAUAAGGAGCCUUGCAUUGA